CUUUCUCUGUUAGAAACACUAGUCUGUUGAUACCAGAUGUUGUGAAAGUUCCAGAUGUUGUGAUGAAACUGUUAGAGCUUCAUGGUGUGUCACCUGAAAUCUGAUUCUGAGAAUGUUUAAUGGAGUACAGUACAGGACUGAUACAUGACACUAGCAUGGGUAUCGCUGUAGACAUUAGCAGCGUUCACACACACAGUGAUAUCUCUGUAAGUCUCCAGUCUUUGUACUGUCAAGUUGUCAGGAGGCGUGUCUACCACUGGUUGCCAUGGUAAUAACGUUAAUCUGGUUUCUUGCGGCUAAAAGUAAAUGGUUUUCUGCCUGCCUGUCUGUCUCUGUCUGUCUCUCUCUGUAUAUUUGUUUCUCAACAUAUGUCUGUCUGUCUCUCUCUCUCUUUGUAUAUUUGUUUUUCUCUGUCUGUCUGUCUGUCUGUCUGUUUAUAUACCUGUCUGUCUGUCUGUCUGUCUGUCUCUCUCUCUCUUUCAUAAUUUCUUUUCACUGUCUGUCUGUUUGUUUAUCUGUCUGUCUUUCUGUCUCCCUCUCUCUCUCACAGACAGUUCAAUGGUCAGUAAUCACACACAGACAGUUCAGUGGUCAGUAUUUACACACAGACAGUUCAGUGGUCAGUAUUUACACACAGACAGUUCAGUGGUCAGUAUUCUGUGUGUGAUGGUCUACUGUCCCGAGCGUGUAUUAGUGAAGAACCUACUCGUGAAGAAUGUAGUGAAAUCUGAUCUGAGGUUACUUCAGGGCGUCUGAUUGAGGCUCUGCAUGAACUUUGCCCCCAAUCGUCCGAGUCUUCACACAGCCCAGUGUGUAAUGUUGUGUAACGCCGCUUGCAUAAUUAAGUGACCUUUAUAUAUUUCCAUUUCACUUUGUAAUCUGACUGUUGGACGGUCCAGACACGACAGAGCGCUCUGACCUUCAUACACCACUUUACCUCCUUAUUUUCUGUUCUUCUUCCUUCCUUCAGCUCCCUUCAUUCUGUUCUUCUCAGCUACGGACGUGUGUUUGAGUCGGGCAGUAAACAGAAAGACGCUUUUCCCUGGUUCGGUCUGGAUAUUGGUGGCUCUCUGGUGAAGCUGGUGUACUUCGAGCCUCAAGACAUGACGGAGGAGGAGGAAGAGGAGCUGGGGAGCUUGAGGACAAUCUGCUCGUACCUCCGGUCCAAUACGCUGUACAGGAAGUGUGUCGCGAGGGACGUUCAGCUGGAGCUCCGGGACCUGAGCAUGCGCGGACGAGUCGGAACGCUGCACUUCAUCCGCUUCCAAACGGCCGACGUCACGCCAUUCCUGGCCGCCGUCCAGGAGAAGACCAUCGGCCAGCUCCACAGGACUGUCUGCGCCACCGGGGGCGGGGCUUACAAGUUCGAGAAUGACUUCAGGACGAUGGCCGGCGUGGAGUUAGCCAAGCUGGACGAGCUGGACUGUCUGAUCCGUGGCUUGCUCUAUUUGGAUGCGGUUGGGUUUAACGGGAAACCGGAGUGUUAUUAUUUCGAGAACCCGACAGAUACGCAGCGCUGUGUGAAGCGGCAGUGUCGGCUGGAGAACCCGUUCCCCAUGCUGCUGGUCAACAUUGGCUCAGGGGUCAGCGUCCUGGCCGUUUACUCCGAGAACAAAUACAAACGCAUCACAGGCACCAGUCUGGGGGGCGGGACCUUCCUGGGUCUGUGCUGUCUGCUGACCGGCUGUGAGACGUUCGAGGAAGCGCUGGAGAUGGCCAGCAGAGGAGACGGCAACAACGUGGACAAACUGGUCAAGGAUAUUUAUGGAGGAGAUUAUCAACGCUUCAGCCUCCAGGGGUCCACCGUGGCCUCCAGUUUUGGGCACAUGAUGUGUAAGGAGAAGAGAGACACUAUCUCUAAAGAAGACCUGGCCCGAGCCACACUGGUCACCAUCACCAACAACAUCGGCUCCAUCGCACGCAUGUGUGCCCUCAACGAGAAAAUCGACAGGGUGGUGUUUGUUGGGAAUUUCUUGCGGAUCAACACACUGUCCAUGAAGCUGCUCGCGUACGCCAUGGACUUCUGGUCCAGAGGACAGCUGAAGGCUCUUUUCCUAGAACACGAGGGAUAUUUCGGAGCAGUCGGAGCGUUCCUGGAGCUCUUGCAGUGGUCUGAAGCCCCCUGAGCAGCGUCCAUGGUGUUAAUGUGUAAACUGUACAUGACCUUUAACCCUUUAACACACACACACACACACACAGCAGCGGAGGAUGAGAUGUACAGUGUAUAGGGUCUGAAUAUUUCUCCACACUGAAAUAUUUAAAAGAAUGUGUGUUUAGUUUUUUAAUCGCUUCUUAAGGACACUACAGUAUCACUGGUCACUUUAUCACUGAUUUCUUAGAGUCAGUUCCAGAAUUAUGCAAAUUUAUGUAAAUGAGGCUCAUUAAAUAUGCAGAAAAGUUGCACACUGGACAAAACAACAGAUGUAGAUUUUUGUCACUCGAAUGAAUAUUUAUCACUUUAAAGACUUAUAUUUUAACUUAUUUCUUUAUAGUUUAAUCAGGAAAAAAAUUAAUGUUUUUUUUUUUUUUUAAAUAAUAAUUUUAUGUAAUUUAUCGUCAUCAAAAUCUAACAUAAUAUUCAUCAAUCAUCAAUCAUUUUUAAUCAGUCAUUUUUUUGGAAUUUCUCAUUUCCAAACUGAAAAUUUUCUGAAUUCAGAAGGUUUUUUUAAGGAUAUUUUAAGGAUAUAAGGUACGAAUGUGGGCGGAGCUUAAAGUCUUCAAAGCUCAAAGGUGUUAAAAAAAGAAGGUUUAAGAGUUGUGGACAAGGACGAAAUAAAGCUAAAAAAAUUUUUUUAUAAAAAUAUUUUAUAUAUAUAUAUAUUUUUAAAGAAAAUGUUUAUCCAUAAUUCUGAAUAUUUGAAAUAUAUUUUAAAGAAUCUCAUUUAAAAAAAACACAAAACAAAGAAUCUGAAGAUCGUUGUGUGAAUUAUUUUUUAAUUAAUUUUUUUAGUUUUAUUUCAUUUCUGUGGGGUUUUUUAAGACAUGUGCUGUAUUUUUUUCAUGAAAAGUCAGGAAGUAAUUUUUUAUCUAAUGAAUGU